AUGAAAAUCCUUUUGCCCAACGUUCCAGACAACGUAGAGAAAAUUGUAGGGGCCGACGUGUGCCCAAACAUGGUUUCCUACGCUCGCGAGCACAGUUCUCAUCCAAAGCUAGCCUUCGAACAGCUGGACAUAACAGGAGACGUGUCCGAGUUCCUCAGGCUGUACGGACCUUUCGAUCGCCUCUACUGCUUCAACAGUCUUAACCGCGUGAAAGACCAGCCCAAGGCAUGGAGCAACAUGGCGAAGCUAUUGAAGCCUGGUGGAGAAUGUCUUCUCUUUUACGGUGCUUGGUACGUUACACCAGAAAUUUGGAGGGCACUGGCCAGAAAGGAACGCUGGAGCAGGUUUGCAGAGCUGUGGGAAGGCCUCAUUCCACCGUCACAGGACAUGGGGAGCACUGAGGAGAGGCUGAACUACGUCCAAUCGCUGGCGAAAGACGUUGGACUGGAAUUGAGGAGCUGCGAGAUGGCUCACAUCUCCCUCGCGCUGCAAGAAUGGUCCGGAAUGCUGACGGCAUUGAUACCAGGAAACAACGCCCUGAGCGCUGAAGAAAAGCACGAUUUGUUCAAAGACGCUAACGAAGAACUUCAGCACUGGCUACGAGGGCGGAAAAACCCGCGCUUGGCUGACAACUAUGUAAUCCACGGGAUAAAGCGAAUGAAACAGCACACAUAAAUUUGGUUCGGGAAUUCGGGCAGUAAAUUGGCUUUCCGUUCAAGACAAUAUUAGUAAAGAAAAUUU